GUCACGGGGAUACUAGGAGAAGAACUAGGACCAGUAAUAGUUCCUUACAGGACAGUCAUUGUUCCACCGAAUAAUGGUACUUGGGUAAUUUGUAGUGACGUUAAUACCGAUUAUGUUAGUUACAGUGUGCGAGUGACUUCCGAUCGUUCAAUUUCACUCGACAAAUCCUGCGGCCAAAGCUACCUUGGUCUUCCUUCCUCUACAUUCAAAAAUAUCCGUGGAGUCACGGCCGCAGUUAUAAGUCACUCAGACGUUAACCUAUUUACCUCCCACAAACUUGAUUUCACCUUUGUACCCUCUCUUUCUUGUAUUUACUCCGUAGUCCUCACGUGCGAUCAAGAUACCGGAAAUAUAUUUAUCGACCAACCUGACAAAUAUUGUUUAGGUGUGACAAAUCCGACGGGUAUAGAACAGAAAGUUAAAGUAGCGGUAGAUUUCAAGAAUACAGUGUUCAGUAAAGGCGGGUUUACGAGUCCCAAUCAACCCGGUGGGAAUCCGGGAAUAAUAGUACAGGAGGAUGAUACAAACUCUUCUCAGGACAUAAUAUCUAAAGAUAGUAGUAGUGAUGUUCUUAUGAUGCAAAAGGGAGAUAUCAGAAAUGCAGCAAGUUUGGUAUGGGUAAAUGGAAUGAUGAUGAAUGUUGCUAUUGCGAUGGUGGUGAUACUUGGAUUGUUGUAG